CGAGAUCAAUCACCAAGACGACUUGCACGUGGAAUCGCCCAAGAUGCCUCGCCAGCGCCCCUUCUCCAAGCAGAAUGCGAUCAAACUCGACUUGGUCCAUCGUGCCCAAAAUGACCCGCUCAUCCACGACGAAAAUGCUCCAUCCAUGGUCCUCGUGGAGCGAGGUCAGUCACGGCGGCCUACGGAAGACGACUAUGCAUACUCCGCUGCAGGCUCCGUGUACUCGGGCGCUUCGUUCAAAUCGUACAGAUCGCAGAAGACGAAGCAGCGAGGGGAGUUGGAAAGCGAGUUUGGCGACAAUGUGAGGAAGAACGAAGGAGAGGCAGCACAGCACGGAGUCUUCUACGACGAUACCCAAUACGACUAUAUGCAACAUAUGCGAGAUCUGGGCGGAAUGGGCAGUCAAUGGGUUGAAGCGAAGCAGCCAGAUGACAAGAAGAAGGGAAAGCAGAAGUUGGAGGACAUGCUGGCAGACAGUCUGCACUUGGACGACGCGAGCAGUGUUGCGAGUAGCACUACGAGCAGCAUUGCACGCAGUCUGUUCCCCGAGGAGAUUCUUCCCAGCGAGUUUGUGACGAAGCGAACGUACCAAGAUCAGCAGGAUGUGCCGGACGACAUAGCAGGCUUCCAGCCUGACAUGGACCCACGAUUGCGGGAAGUUCUGGAGGCCUUGGAGGAUGAAGAGUAUGUGGAUGACGAUGAGGACAUCUUUGGCGAGCUCACAAGAGACGGGUAUGAGGUGGAACGGGACGAGUGGGAGGGAGCAGUGGAGCAAUCGUUUGACGACGAUGGCUGGGAGAGUGACGAUACCAUCAAAGCGCCUGCCAGUCCGCGAGAAAUGCCCCGCGAACUACGGCUGCCCGAUGGGGUGGAGUUGGGAGAUGGAGAAAUCGCUCUGCCUCCUGAAGAUCCGCAGGCCCAGCCCACAGCGGACCCGGCAGCUGGCGGUUGGGAUUUCAUGAAAGAGCAUAAAGCUACCAAGAAGGUAGCGAAAGCUGAAGCACCAGAACCUUCCUUCAACAACGCCUCUCUGAUCUCUUCCCUUGCUAGCGGCAGGCACAAGAAGAGGAAAGGCGCCAUGACCAACCCAAGCACAUACUCCAUGUCCUCGUCAGCUCUCGUCCGGAAAGAUGCCCUACGAACGCUCGAUGAGCGCUUCGACAAGAUGGAGAAUGACUAUAGUCUGGCUGAGUUCCCCGAGGAUGAAGAAGAUGCGUACAAUGCCGACACGCAAUCGAUGGCAUCGGGUAUGUCCGGAAUGACUGGUAUGUCCUCUGCCUCUCGAGUAAGUAAGGCGUACAGCACGGCCUCUGGCAUGAGUGGUGUAAGCGGGAUUUCCAGCUACUCGCGUGCCAACGACGAAGAGGCGCCCAAGCUGGUGCGGUCCGACUUCGACGGCAUGAUGGACGACUUUCUCAGCUCGCACAACAAGGCCGGCAAGUAUGGCCAGAGAGUGAGGAGAGGUGCGCCAAAAAAUGGCAUGGAGCAGCUCGACGAGAUCCGGUCUGGUCUUGGUCCGGCAAGAUUCGGCAGCAAGACGAAACCGAAGAGCCACGUUCCAGUAAAGAUCGGUUGAUGCGCUCCUGUCUCCUCCUUCUGCAUCCACUUUUUGAUUGGCAUUUCCAUAGAUACCCAGGUAGCGUUAUUGUAGGCCGC